AUGAGCCCACGGUCUUCCACCUCUUCACCGCCACUUCGGCGCGAUGAAUGGCUUGAAGUCCUCUGGCAUCUCGCCACUGAUAUUAUGACAUUCUAUGACCUCGAAGACGUCAACUUGCUUGCGGAACAGAGGAGGCUCAUUGGAUGGAAUAGUGGACACCUCCGAAUAUCCAAGUGGCUGGAGCUUCGACUCGUUUGUCGCACUUGGUCCUUUGAAGCCACGUGGGUACCCUUCAAAGCCUUUGGAGAUGAUGUCGCGGAUAUCGCCCUUCCAAUGGACUUUGCGUCAUGGGCCCACAUUCGUGACGAUCACACGCACUUCAAACGCUUCUUCAAGUCGGUAGAGUUGGCGGGAGUCGUCAGUCACCUUGUGACGCUCUCUGUAUUUACGUCGCGAGGGGAAACGGUGUCCAAUGUCCUCUCUCUUGGUCAUGCACUGCCAACGGUGCGGAACCUAUCCAUCAGCGCAGGCUGUUUCGUACCUUCCUUCUGGCAGCAACUUCAGGAGGGCUUUCCUGGUCUUACCGCCCUUCGACUAUGUGGUAUCAAGACAGAGGAACGUGGCUACUUCGACUCGAGUUACUCGAGCUACAGGACAUAUCCAUUUCACUCGGAAACUACUACUUCCCUUCCAUUCCACAUUUCUUCCUCCAGAAUUGCCCAUACAUGCAUCUCCUCCAUGACGCUCAUCGUGCUCAGCUCAUUUCCGUGCUCGAUCCUGAAUUUUUGGCCCACGACUCUUCCUCAAUUUCACGAGAUCCGGCCGCAUUUUGGAAGGCGAUGCCGGCUUUGUGCAUACUCGCCGUUUCAUCUGCCCGUCUCAGGCUACUCGAGAAUCCCCUUCCAACUGAUCAUCCAUUCGAGUACCUGGUCAUCUACCUCGACGCAGACUCCAGCAAGAACGAGUACGAGACAAUGGAGCGAAUUCUCCACGUGCUCCGCACACAACCGAAUCUGCGUAGACUUUCGAUGGAUGCACGAGGCCUUGCACUUUGGGAAACCAAGCGCAUUCAACUUGCGUGCAAUCAAAAUCGUACAGCUUGGACACCGCUUCCAGUAUCGACACUGCCCAAGGGUCAUUCUCCCCUUCAUGCUGCCGGGCGGAUCUUUUCACGGUGGACCAGGCACAAUAUAA